GUAAACAAACCGAGGCGUUAUGGAUCACAUACCUCGGAGCGCAACGUGCACGCCAAUGCGAGGGUGACAGACUUUGUUUUUCCUAUCGCUCACCAAACACCAUCCAAUUUGGAGCCGCAAAAUCGACUUGUGCGGCACAGAAACACUUCAAACAGCCUGCAUUACGUCACACGAAGCCGUCAUCGAUCACAAUGUCAGUGUUGCGCUUAUUCGGUGCUGAACUCAUCUCUAUUUAUCGCCAAAGUUUACUGACCACUGGCACCGGCCAAGCAAGGUUUUUAUCAUCAACCGCAUUGCAACGGCACGCUACAAAGCCAGAAAGUGAAGCCACAGAAGAAGCAGCACUAGCUGAGGAACCCGAACCACAAGAGGAAGGUGACGCAGCUGCAUCCAAGCAGCCGACGGACGAUCCGAAGGAUCGCUCCCGCGUGAUUCCGGUGGAGACAAGCAUCCGUUAUCUGGCCAGCGACGCUUACCGCCAGACGUACCAGGACGAUCCAGUGUGGAAACAGUACCGUCGCAAUCACAAAGGUCCUUACCCACCGAAACUGACCCGCAAGACUUGCAUCCGCAAAGGACGCAUUUCGACCGGCAAUCCUUGUCCGAUCUGUCGCGAUGAGUACCUGGUGCUGGACCACAACAACGUCGAUCUGCUGAAGCAGUUUAUUUCGCCGCAAACGGGUGAGGUGCUUAGCUACCGGGUGACAGGGUUGUGCCAGAAAAAGCACACGCAGCUGUUGGUCGCCGUAGAGCGGGCUAUGGACCGCGGAAUGCUUACGUUUGAUGUGCCGUUCCGGGAGUACGAUUACAGCGAAUACUACCCUGCAAAGGAAAGCAAUUCGUCCUCCAAGUAGGAAAUCUGCGCGCCAGGUGCGUGCUGUUAGUUUGAUAAGUGAAGCAUUUUGAAGGAACUGCCGAAUGAAAGUAGACGAUUUACGUAGUGUGAAGGAAUAUUUCGUUUUGUGGUGCUAAAUAGAAGAAUCAAUCCAAAAAGAAGUGUAAUGGCGGACUCCCUCUCGUACACGUAUGUUAUCGUGGGAGGUGGAAUUGCCGGCGUGACUUGUGCUGAAACGCUGAACCUUCUGCGAGCAAACGCAACGGACCGGAUUCUGCUGCUAACCGAGUCUUCCCUCGUCAAAGCAGUCACCAAUGUGGUUCCGCUGGGUAAAAUUCUUAACCGCUUCGAUGUGGAAGAAAAAAGCACGGGCGAACUUGCUUCAGCAAACAACAUCGACGUUCUGCUCGAUCAACUGGAUACGAUCGUGAGUGAGAAUCACCUGAUAAGAACAACCGCAGGAAGGUGCAUCCAGUACCAAUUUCUGUGUCUGUGCACCGGUGCCAGACCAAACAUAAUCGAUAAGGCAAAAGGAAAUGCGAAUGUGAUCGGUAUACGCGACACGGAAUCGGUGGAAGAAUUUCGCAAGCGCAUUCACACAGCAAACCGGCUGGUGGUCGUUGGAAAUGGUGGCAUCGCGUCGGAACUCGGUGUACGAAGUGGAUGGAAUGGAGGAAAUCCAUUGGGUGAUAAAGGAUCCGUACAUAAGCUCCACGUUUGUCGAUUCCGGUGCGGCCACUUUCUUCAGGGAGCGGUUAAGCAAAAAGGCUGGAGGAACAGAGAAGCAAAAGACGAUCUACAAGCGAAUGCGGUAUACGGACCAGCAGCAGGAGGCAGCUACUGGCGGAGCUAAGCGUGGAGCCGCCUUAGGACCCGAUUGGCAUCGUGCCUUUGACAUCCAGAAGCAUGGGGACGGUUCGUCACGGAGCGGCAACAAAGUAACGAUUCAUCACUCGGUGGAGGUUGAGGACAUUCACGAAAUCAACUCCGGAUUGAAGGUGCUCCUGACGGAUGGAACGACGCUGGAGUGUGAUUUCGUAGUAUCUGCGACCGGUGUCGUUCCGGCCAUUAGCUGGACCGGCGAUCGACCAUUCAAACUAGGACCGGACGGAGGUCUCUUCGUCAACUGGUCGAUGGAAACGUCCGUCGAGGACAUCUACGCAGCCGGCGAUGUUUGUUACGCCGGCUGGGAACACGCACCACACUGGUUCCAGAUGCGUCUGUGGACACAGGCCCGCCAGAUGGGUGCAAUGGCCGCCCGGAGCAUGGCCGCCAAGCGUGCCGGGGAAGAGAUUUAUCAGGACUUUUGCUUUGAAAUGUUCAACCACGCGACGACCCUGUUCGGUUAUCAGGUGGUUCUGCUAGGGCGCUACAAUGGACAAGGUUUGAACGAUAAGUAUGAGGUGCUGCUUCGGAUGACGCCUGGACUGGAGUAUAUCAAGUUUGUGAUGGUGGAUGGGCGCCUGCAGGGUGCGCUGUUGGUGGGUGAAACGGGGCUGGAGGAGACGUGCGAGAACCUUAUCCUGAAUCAGCUCGAUCUUUCGUCGUACGGGGAGGACCUGCUGAAUCCCGACAUCGAUAUUGAGGAUUACUUUGACUAAGUUACGAUCAAAUGUACCGAACGAAUGGCACAAAAGCGAAAAAUAAAUUGGAUUGGAAAGUUCUAAAGCUUCCUGUUUGUUAAA